CUCAUCUAUAAGUAAUCGUUAUAGUCUUCAUUUUACAGACACACGUAACACAUUGACGUUGAAUUUUAACAAUCUAAGAAAUUUUUCUAAGAAACAAUCUAAGAAACAAUUUAAUUACAUUUCUAUAAAAUUACGGAGACUAAGAGUUACGAAAUAAUGGAAAAUUUUUUGGCAAAAAUUGAAGCCGAAGAUGAGUAUAGCAGAGAAAGAAGAAAUAUGAACACAGAAGCAGAGAUAUGUUUAAAAUGCGUUUUAUCUUCGUUUACGUCUACAGCAAGGGUUUACGGAUAUACUUUUUUCCUACCUUGUUCAUGCUAUAACCGAAAUGAUGUUAAUGUUCAUCCAAUUGUAACAAAAUUUUAUUCAUCCUUUAUCGAAUGUUUCUACUGGAUAAAUUUCGUUUUAGUGUUUUCCUUGACAAUACCGGUUUUGUCAGAGAUGAUUCCUUGUGAACCGUCGUACUUACUAGACAAGGACGACGUCAUCUUUAUGAGAAUGCUUAUUGUUAAUUUAACUUUAACUUUCGCACUCACUUUCAGUAUUAUAAAAAGAGUAAAAUUAACCACAAAUAUUAAAUUGACGAAGCCAGAAUAUUUCCGUCGAAAAGAAUUGUACGACAUGAUUAAUUAUACUAGAAUUAUCUUUUCUGUUCUACUUGUAACUUUUAUUAUUUCUAGCCUAUUAUUGAACAUUUUUUAUUUUUAUCCUGCUGUAGAAGAAGGAAAGACUUACGAACACGAGGCACUUUUUUGCAGCGUAGAAAUUGGCCUUUAUAUUAAUUUGAGUGCGGGUGGAAUAUUGUAUCUAAUGUAUUUACUAUUUUUGCUUGCAAUCAUAUUAAUGAACAUUUUCCAGAAGUUAUCGGAAGAUCUGCAACUACUCAAUAUGAAUCAUUCUAAUUUGGAAACGGAAUUAGAAUUAAUUAUGACACAACACAAUGAACUUUGGGACUAUGUGAAACAAAUGAAUGGCCCAUUUAAUUACGUAUUGACAAUUUUGUACAGUUGUUUAAUAGCGUUAACCAGUUUACUUAAUUAUAUUUUAAUUUUUUCGAAAAUGAAAUUUGAAUUGAGAGUUUUGAUGUGCAUACAUUGUGCUGCAAUGUCAUUUACUUGUAUUUUAGUAGGAUUUUUAGUAUCUGCUUUUACAUCUGCUAUGCAAACUUCGUUUCAAGACAUUCGAAGAUUCGCUCAAUGCGAUUUGAAAUUGGAACAGAAAUUAAAAAUUGUGAAUUUUAUGAAAAGAUUUGGGAAGGCAUCUUUAUAUUUAUCUGUCAACGGUUUCUUCAAUGUUACCAAGAAGUUUCCUGUCAAGAUGUCCAGCGCUCUCUAUUCUGUUUUUUCGAAUCUGUUAAAUUUGAGGACCGUUUCCACAAAGAAAUACUGCUCUUACUGAGAUAUGAACCUAAGAAUUUAUCCUUUGAAUAUAAUUUCAUCUCAUAACGUUUCAAUUAAUAAAUAUAAAUUAAUUCAUUUAUAUAUGAUUAUUUAGAUACACUGUUAUCGU